AUGGCGAGUCGACUAUUGAACCCGCCGAAACUGGCAAAGCUCAAAGAGCUAACGAAGCUACAAUGCAAUAUAUUCAGAACUACAUACAAUCCUGAGCGGUUGAGAACAGAGGCACAGGUUUUGAGAAAACCACUGAAAGGCCAAAUAAUAUCGAAUUAUUACGGACCUGCCGAUUUCCCAACUGUGUUCCAGAUUUUCAAACUCUGGCGCGUGGAUGACUUCAGACUCGUCAACGAAGAUGAAGAUUACAGACAGAGAAGAGUGACAAUGUUGAGAAAGAGAGGAAAAGGUGCUCCAAAGAAGUUGAAGGCUCCAGUUGAAGCUCCAACAAAGAAGCGGAAAUAG